CAUCAUGGCGGCUGACUAGYAGCACAUUUGUCAUUCUUUAAAGAUUUCGUUAUUUUGUGAUAUAUAAUGGCUUGAUUUCAGAAGGAGCAAGUCAUUUGAUUCAUCAAGUGUGUAAUUCAUCCAUAAUGACGUCGAUUAUCAAGCUAACUGUMCUGUCUGGCGCACACGAUGAGGGUCCAUUGUGUUACAUGCUUCAAGUUGACGAGUUCAGGUUUUUGUUGGAUUGUGGUUGGAACGAGACCUUAACAAUGGAGCACAUAGAAAACAUUAAAAAGCAUGUUCACCAAGUUGAUGCUGUUCUCAUAUCCUUUCCUGAUCUUUAUCAUAUGGGUGGUCUGCCAUACCUUGUUGGCAAGUGUAGUUUACAUUGCCCCAUAUAUGCYACUAUCCCAGUUUAUAAAAUGGGACAGAUGUUCAUGUACGACUGGUUUCAGUCACAUCACAAUUCUGAGGAGUUUGACGUCUUCACACUGGAUGAUGUUGAUGCUGUGUUUGAUAAAAUCAUUCAACUUAAAUAUUCACAGACUGUCAGCUUGAAAGGCAAAGGUCAUGGGAUUACAAUUACACCAUAUGCAGCUGGUCACAUGAUAGGUGGUACAAUGUGGAAAAUAGUGAAAGAUGGAGAAGAAGAUAUUAUUUAUGCAGUGGAUUAUAAUCAUAAGAAAGAAAGACAUCUUAAUGGUGCAGUAUUAGAAACCCUAAGUAGACCAUCACUGCUUAUUACWGACUCAUUCAAUGUGCUGAAUGUACAAACGCGAAGAAGAGAAAGGGACUCACAACUUAAAAAUGAGAUAUUAAAGACUACACGCCGUAAUGGAAAUGUUUUGAUUGCRAUUGACACAGCAGGAAGGGUUUUAGAGCUAUCACAGCUCCUGGAUCAAUUAUGGCGUAAUCCUGAUUCAGGUUUAUCAGCAUAUUCACUAGCAAUGCUCAACAAUGUCAGCUAUAAUGUUGUGGAAUUUGCCAAAUCUCAGGUUGAAUGGAUGAGUGACAAGAUAAUGAAGGCUUUUGAGAUUGGAAGAAACAACCCAUAUCAAUUCAGAUAUUGUCAACUUUGUCACAGUUUAGCUGAUUUAGCAAAAGUACCAGAACCAAAGGUUGUUCUUGCCAGCAUGAUGGACUUGUCAUGUGGAUUUUCUCGUGACCUGUUUGUCGAGUGGKCUGAAAAUCCCAAGAAUACAAUAGUUUUUACUGCAAGAUCGUCACCAGGAACACUAGCAAGAACAUUGAUUGAUCAUUUAGAAACUAAACAAGUUGAUUUAGAGAUUAAAAAAAGAGUCAAGCUUGAGGGAGAAGAACUAGAACAAUAUUUAGAAGAAGAAAAAAAGAAAGAAAAACUUGGUUUGGAUGGCUCAACCAGAAAGUCCCUUGUAGUGGAAGAGAGUGAUAGUGAUAGUGAUGAUGAACAGCAGUCRUCAGACAGACAUGACCUGAUGAUGUCUUUGGAGAAGGGAAGUCGCAAGAGUUCAUUCUUCAAACAAGCCAGGUCAUAUCCGAUGUUCCCUUGUCAUGAAGAGAAACUUAAAUGGGAUGAUUAUGGAGAGUUUAUCAAGCCAGAAGAUUACAUGAUGAGAGACAUGGCAGCUGCYGAGGAAGAGAAGCAUAAAACAGAGCAACAAAAACCAGAGAUGGGUGAUUCUGAUAUGACUUCUGCACAAGAAGACCUGUCAAAACUACCAACUAAGUGUAUCACAGAGUUUAAAAAUGUCAAUAUCCGAUGUAACCGGACAUAUAUUGAYUUUGAGGGAAGAUCUGAUGGAGAGUCAAUCAAGCGCAUUUUGACUCURGUAAAUCCACGUAAACUGAUCCUUAUCCAUGGUGACAGUGAGGCCACAGAGCACCUGGCCGAGUACUGCCUUACUAACAAUAGUAUACAAGUCAGUCAAGUCUUCAUACCAUUUGUCGGUGAUACUGUAGAGGCAACUGGUGAAAGGCACAUCUAUCAGGUUAAGYUGCGUGAUGCACUAGUCAGCUCACUACAGUUUUCAAGAGCACGUGAUGCUGAAUUAGCYUGGGUYGAUGGCCAGCUUCACAUGGAGGAGGCUCAGUCUCACCUUGGUUUGAAUCAGGAUGAGAAAAUGGAGACUGAUGAAGAAUUGAAGGAUGCACUUGACACUGUACCUGUACUCGAGCAAGUCACCACUUCAAAGGUAACUGGUCAUGUAUCAGUGUUUAUUAAUGAGCCUCGACUGUCUGAUUUUAAACAAGUUCUCAAUAAAGCUGGUAUCCAAGCAGAGUUUGCUGGAGGUGUUCUCAUCUGUAACAAUGUUGUCUGUGUGCGAAGGAAUGAAACUGGUCGUGUUGGUCUAGAAGGUGCAGUUUGUGAUGACUACUACAAGAUACGUGAUCUUCUCUAUGAACAGUACGCAAUUGUCUAGUCACAUUUUGUAGAAAGAUAAACCCAAAAUAAACAGUUGUAUUUUGA